AUGGAAAACAAAUUAAAAAUUAUAAAUAGUUGUGAAUGUAUUAAUACAAAAAUGUGCCCAAAUACUCCAAUAAAAAAAAAUAUUUACCUUUCAUCAUCUCAAAUAAUACAAAAUAAAAAUAACCAACUUGUAAAAUUUGAAGACUCUGAAUUCUAUUCCAUAGAGUUUGAAAGUUUAAUUAUAAAUUCAACAUUAACAGACUUAUUAAAUUUAAAUCAAGAUUAUCUAAAUCACAGAAAAUCAAUAUGGGAAUCUCAAAUAAGUAGUAUAAAUAAAAGACCAUCCUCUCUUGGUAUUCCUUUAAAAUUUUAA